GGAACCAUCUUCCCAGCUCCUAACUUUAACCCCGUCAUGGAUGCCCAGCUGAUAGGAGCUGCCCUGCAAGGAUUUCAAUGUGACAAAGACGUGCUGAUUGACAUUCUAACUCAACGCAGCAAUGGACAAAGAUUCAUGAUUGCAGAAGCCUAUCAGAGCAUGUAUGGUCGGGACCUGAUUGGGGAUCUGAAAGAGCAACUUUCUUCUCACUUCAAAGAAGUUAUGGUGGGCCUCAUGUACCCACCCCCAUCUUACGAUGCUCACGAACUCUGGCAUGCCAUGAAGGGAGCAGGCACUGAUGAGAAUUGCCUUAUCGAUAUUUUAGCUUCCAGGACAAAUGGAGAAAUUUACCAGAUGCGAGAAGCCUAUUGUUUGCAAUACAGCUCUAACCUGCAAGAGGACAUUUAUUCUGAGACCUCGGGACAUUUCAGAGAUACCCUGAUGAACUUGGUCCAGGGAACCAGGGAGGAAGGAUACACAAACCCUGCAAUGGCUUCUCAGGAUGCAAUGGUCCUGUGGGAAGCCUGCCAGCAGAAGACAGGGGAGCACAAAACCAUGCUACAGAUGAUCCUGUGCAACAAGAGCUAUCAGCAGCUGUGGCUAGUUUUCCAGGAAUUUCAAAAUAUCUCUGGGCAAGACUUAGUAGAUGCCAUUAAUGAUUGUUAUGAUGGAUACUUUCAAGAACUGCUAGUGGCAAUUGUUCUCUGCGUCCGAGACAAACCAGCCUACUUUGCUUAUAGAUUACAUAGUGCAAUUCACGAUUUUGGUUUCCAUAAUAAAACUGUAAUCAGGAUUCUAAUUGCCAGAAGUGAAAUAGACCUGCUGACCAUAAGGAAGAGAUACAAAGAGAGAUAUGGAAAAUCACUGUUUCAUGAUAUCAAAAAUUUUGCCUCAGGGCAUUAUGAGAAAGCACUGCUUGCCAUCUGUGCUGGUGAUGUGGAGGAUUAUUAA